AUGGCAAGUGACAAAAAAUCCUUACAUCUGGCUUUCGCCGUUUCUAACAUCAAAGUUUUGAUCCCUAUUACUCUAGAUAUCAAACAAGAUGAAUAUUCUUCAUGGGUUUUCCUUUUCCAACUUCAUCUACAAGCACACAACCUCGUUUUUCUUAUUGACGAUUCCGCUCCACCACCAGAUCUUGAUGCUGCCACCAUACUACAACUUGAUGCCCUCUGCCGUCAAUGGAUGUUCUCCACCAUGGCCAAAGAUUUGAUGCUUACAGUUCUCAAAACUGGUAAAACUGCGAAAGAGUUAUGGAAUCAUCUUAAAAAUAUUUUCCAAGACAACAAAGGAAGCCGUGCCGCUAACCUAGAAAGUAAGUUCGUGAAUCUAAGAUUUGUUGAUUGUAACAAUGUUGAUGAUUAUUGUGAUAAGCUACAGGCACUUUCGAAUCGACUAAGUGAUCUUGAUUUUCCAAUGGAUGAGAAACGUUUGGUUAUACAACUUGUCAAUGGACUUCCGGAGGAAUACAAUAUUGUUGCCUCCUUCAUCCAACAAUCGAUGCCAUCUUUUGACACUGCUCGCUCUCAAUUACGCACUGAGGAGAUUCGCCGUGAACAACAAUCAAACUUCAGCUCCCAUACUGCCCUUGCGGCUGCCAACAACCAGCGUCCACCUGCUACUUCUUCUUCCGUCACCAGCAGUUUUCACUCAGCGUCUGCCCACCAGCGUCCCGAGCCCAGUUCCCUGAUGGGCCACCAAGCUGCUCUUCUGCCAACUCCACCAGGCCCAAUACGUCACCCUACUGCACCCAACUGGGCUCCCCAAUGGACGUCUCCCCCAAGCCCAUACCCUGCUGUACCUUACUGGAGUCAGCAGCAUCAUCUCUCUGGUCGUGGCCGAGGUCGUCAGUUCCGUGGGCGUGGCCGUGGUCGCGGACGCACCUUCUCAGCAGCCCGUUCACCACAAGCUUACGUCACUCCUACAACGGAAUACCUUCAACCAUCGGAUAUUGCCGAAGCAUACAGCUCCAUGAGCAUUCGAGCGCCUGAUGAUGACUUCUACAUGGACACUGGCGCAACAUCACACAUCACCUCGGAUCCAGGAUUUGAAUUCGAGGAAGACUAUUCUCCGAUGUGA